CAGACAUUCUACCUACAUCGGGGUAUACAUCAAAUUACUUGUUUGCGUUGAUCAAAUUUAUACUAACAACCUUGUCAAAACCCCGUGGGCGUUCCCGUCGUUACUUUACCCACCCCCCUUUUACCUACCCGGCACCUUUGUCGACAAACAACGAUGGCGGCCUCAAUCCUCCCUGGCCUGCUCUCAGGUGCCGCAUUUGGUGCAUCACUGACGGGCGCGGGAGUAUAUCAGCCUUCGGUCAUCAUGGCGCAGCUUGAACUGGAAGACUUCCACAUGUUGCAAACCUUGCUCACGGCCACGGCUGGGAGUGCUGUCCUUGCAUCACUGGUCCAGGGACUCGGGUACGUGAAGCUCAGCCCGCGCAGCUUCUCUUCGUUCAACCUCCUCGGCUCGGCAGACGCCAACGUCAUCGGCGGCGCCCUUCUCGGCGGCGGCAUGGCCCUGGCCGGUUCCUGUCCGGGAACAGUGGCUACUCAGAUCGGGCUCGGCAUCCCGUCGGGAUACUGGACGCUCGCCGGUGGCGUGGCGGGCGGCAUCGUCUGGACGGGGUUCGUGCGGCCGUGGAUGGCUCGUCGUAACGCCCAGGAGGGCGCCAAGACGGCCGGCAAGAAGCCGUGCCUGACGGUCCACGAGUGCGUCGGGGUCAGCCCACGGGUCGGGCUCGUCGUCUUUGAGGCGCUGGCCGCUGCCGCCAUCGGCGCGGCACUGAACAUCCAGACUCCGAGUGGCGGCGGCGGCAGCACUCGGAAGGUCGAGCCGGUGAUUGGCGGGUUAUUCAUCGCCGGGGCGCAGCUCAUCUCGCUGCUCAUCCGCAGGUCGAUGGUCGGGACGUCGACCGUCUUCGACGAGCUCGGUGAGCUUUUCUGGUGGGCCGUUUCUGGUGGACAGAGGCCAAAGUCGAUGAGCGCGCUGGUUUUCGUCACCGGCAUCAUCCUUGGAUCUGCUACCCUGGUGAGGGCGUUCCCCACGGCUUUGGCUGGCGCCGCGCUGGGGGAUGUGACGCCCAUGAGGGCCGCGCUGGGCGGUUUUGUCAUGGCCGUCGGGUCCAGAGUUGCAGGCGGCUGCACGGCGGGCCAUGGUAUCAGUGGCAUGUCGCUCAUGUCGGUGUCGAGCAUAAUUACGGUGGUGUCGAUGUUUGUGUCUGGUGUUGUGGUCACCAAAGCGUUGUUUUUUUGA